GCCGGCGGCGGCAGUCAGCCACCCAGCCACACCACGCACGGGUCUACACUCCACACCUCCCUCCUGCCCGACCCACUCACUCCGCCUCCUCCUCACACACGCCAGGGGUCGCCAUGAUUCUUCAUUUACACCGCUUCAUCUGCAUGAUGCUGCAUUGUAGAGAGCGAUUAGGGUAGAUGUAGAUGUUCUGCUGCCCGUCGCUACUAGCAAGGAUGUCGUCGGACCGCAAAGCCGUGGUAAAGAAUGCCGACAUGUCGGAGGAAAUGCAGCAAGAUGCCGUUGACUGUGCCACUCAGGCUAUUGAAAAAUUCAACAUUGAGAAGGACAUUGCUGCAUAUAUCAAGAAGGAAUUUGACAAGAAAUAUAAUCCCACAUGGCAUUGCAUUGUUGGUCGCAAUUUUGGCAGCUAUGUAACGCAUGAGACAAAACACUUCAUUUAUUUUUACCUGGGACAAGUUGCCAUUCUUCUCUUUAAGAGUGGUUAAGAUGAUCAGACCUCUCCUACCCCGUAUCAAAGCCAGGGAUAUUCACCUUGUUAGAUGUGCAUUUCUGGAACAGGUGAAUAUCCCAUUUCCUUCCUAAUCUAAUACUUUUCCUCUAACCCAUAGGGGGAUGAAGGGAUAUAGACCACCGUUUCCUAGGGUUGCUGAUUUUGUGCAGUGCUGCUAGGUUGCUAGCUGGAGAACAAAGUUCUCUUUUACACCAAAGCACACAUUUUGUUGCAAUGCUAAGCAAAUGUUAGCAAUGUCUCAAAGGAAGACUAUCGUUUGCUUUCAGAGCGCCAUACCUGGCAGCACUUUGCUUUUUGAACUGGUCAUGGCACAUAAUUUUUACAUUUCCAGUUAUUUUCGGUGUACCUCUUGACAAAAGCUAAAAGCUUUUAAAUUGCUACAAAAAUAACAUCAAAGAUGGUGUACAGAGUCGCCUGAUGGGCUGCAUUGGCAGCUGACCAGUGUGAGUGAAAUAUUUAUUUAAUAUUUGUAAUUUACUGUGCACAACUCUCAUCCUCAAUAUUCAUAAAUUGACCUCUUAUCUCCUAAGUAGGUAGGAUUCAUUCCCCCAAUCCAUUGUCAUGCAUCUUGAUUAAUUGUCUGGUGUCAGUCCAUUUUGGUGCAAAAUGUAGGAAGUUGAUGCAUAAUCCUGCCUAUACUGAAGCAAGUUGUGUACUUAAAAAUCUAUUUGCUUGUGAUUGUAAUCUUUAGCUAGUAGCUCCAUCUCCAUUCAUCUUAAAAUGACAUACUAAUUAUUCUCUUGAUCAUUACUGCUGUUGGUUUUUCAGCUUUCAUAUCCAAUGGUAGAAUUCUUAACCAUCUCUCAAGAAAUGUGAAUCUCGAGCAUCCCCAUUCAUAAACCCGGCAGUUAUGCCAAGAUAUUGAGUCGCAUUUGAGGGAUGGUGUACAUAAAGUUGUAUAUUUCAUCCUUUAUGGCAUCUUGUUUCAGCCCACCUACCUUCCUUGUUAAAAGGUGCAUUAUGUAUCAAUUUGGACAGCAGCUUUGCACUAGUUCACAUUUUAGCUGCUCAAUAACAAGUUUUGUGCCUCUGAAUUAACAGUAAUAUUCAGAUUGUUUAGUUUUGAAGAAUCAUUUAAUGUUUUUAUUGAUAUGAAAAGUUUAUUUUCACUAUUAAAAUGCAGAACAAAGGAUUUUUUGUUCAUGAAAAAGUUUAUUUCGUCAUGUCAAAACUGUGUUCUGUGAUGUUCAUCAAAGUAAAUACAAUCUAUUUAUGUGUA